GGCCGGUGCCGCCCGGCGGAGGAUGGCGUGCGGCGGCGGCUGCUGCUGCUCCAGCGCGGGCCGCCUGAACGCGGACAACGCGCGGUUCCUCCUGCUGGCGGUGCUGAUCGUGCUGUACAUGCUGUGCGGCGCCGCCGUCUUCUCGGCCAUCGAGCUGCCCACCGAGCGGCAGGCCAAGGAGCGCUGGGAGGAGCGGCUGGAGAACUUCACCCAGCGCCACAACCUCAGCCGCGCCGAGCUCCGCCACUUCCUCCGCGAGUACGAGGAGGCCACCGUGGCCGGCAUCCGCGUCGAUGACAUCCGGCCCCGGUGGGAUUUCACCGGCGCUUUCUACUUCGUGGGCACCGUCGUUUCCACCAUCGGGUUUGGCAUGACCACCCCAGCCACUGUCGGAGGCAAAAUUUUUCUGAUAUUUUAUGGCCUUAUAGGAUGUGCAGGGACCAUCUUGUUCUUUAACCUGUUCCUGGAGCGCCUGAUCACCGUCAUAGCCUAUGUCAUGAAGUCCUGCCACGAGAGACAGCUGAGGAGGAAGGGCGUCCUCCCUCACGACGGCCGGCGGGGCUCGGGGACCUCAGAGGCGGACAGCCUGGCAGGCUGGAAGCCCUCGGUGUACUACGUCAUGCUGAUUUUAUGUGUAGCAUCACUCAUCAUCUCCUGCUGUGCCUCUGCAAUGUACACACCAAUUGAAGGGUGGAGUUACUUUGACUCGCUUUACUUCUGCUUCGUGGCCUUCAGCACCAUCGGUUUUGGUGAUCUGGUCAGCAGCCAAAACACCCAGUAUGAGAGCCAGGGCCUUUACCGCUUUGGCAAUUUUGUCUUCAUACUCAUGGGGGUUUGCUGCAUCUAUUCCUUAUUUAACGUGAUCUCUAUUGUCAUCAAACAAUCCAUAAACUGGAUACUGAAGAAGCUGGACUGCAGGUGCUGCCAUAGAUGCCAAAGAAAAUUAUUUCGGUCACGGAGGAACGUGGUAAUGCCGGGGAACAUGCGCAGCCGGAGAAACAUCUCCAUCGAGACUGACAUUGUCAACGAGAGCGACACAGAUGGGCGCCGGCUGUCAGGAGAGAUGAUCUCCAUGAAAGACUUCCUGGCCUCCAAUAAAGUGUCACUGGCCAUCAUGCAGAAACAGCUGUCGGAAACUGCCAAUGGCUACCCGAGGCAAAUGAGCACCAAUUCAAAGCAAAAUGGAUUCUCUGGUGGGGUUGGAGCCCUAGCAAUUAUGAAUAACAGACUGGCAGAGACCAGUGUGGACAGGUAAAACAGUAACAGAAAUACCAGUGACACAGCGUGAAGCAUUUCAGCACAUACAGAAACAACAUGCAUCGAAUGGAAGUAGCGAGGGAGAGUGUCGCCAGAGGGUGGGCUGCACGUGAAGAGCUUACCUUCUGUUGGCAGACCUCUCACACACAUUUUUUGGGCUGCCACUUAAUAUCUUGGCUCUUUGAAUUGCACCAGUGUCGGCCUUCCUUCUUCCCUUUCUUUCCCUUCUUUCCAUGCCUCAAACAGACUACUGCAGGAGAAAUUCUGUUUAGCCUUCAGAUCAAUUUUCCAUGUCCUGUGCUUCUCCGUUUAUGUGAAAUACAGAUUUCAGGAUAAAAAAUCUGUGGUACUGGAAGAAAUCAAGAGUGUCUUCUGGACACAUACUUAAUUCAAUGAUUGUUUUGAGCUUUCUGUCUUACACUUUUCAUAAGUGUUUUCUGAAGGUAGUUUAUCUGAGACCAAAAGAGGAAUCAUUAUAAGCCUUUUUCUGUCCUUCUACAGAUUUAAUUUAAUGGAAUAGAAAAACAAACUAUUUUCUUUUAAAUAUCACUCCUUAACAUGUAUUCCUCUUGUGAAACAUCUAGGCUUGAAAAGCCAGGUUCUGCUGCACUAAAAAUGUAUAGAUCUGGAGCGAUUCUCUGACAGUCAGUAGAAGAACUCUGGAGCUAUUGUGAUGUGAAUGAGAGGAGAAUUUGACCUUUAGAAUUUGAUUUAGUUUUCGCUUUAAAAGGAUACUGUCAAAAGAGAUAGAAUAAAAAAUUACCUUACUUUUGUUUUCUUCUGUUUGCAAAACAUGAUUUUUUUUCUAGGCUACUUUUCCUUCUAGAAUUGAAUCACUGUGGUUUUCUGUUUCAAAAAUUGAAAAAAUCACCAUACUGACAAGUUGUAUGAAUUAUUCCACAAUAAAGACCAUGGACUUUUACAAGUUUCUGUCCGUAUUAUGCUCAACUUUGACUGAAGCAGUUCAACAUCAACAUUAUGUAAUGCAACUAGUAACUGGGUUUACAGAGCAGGC